CAGCGAGUCAUGGGGCACACCGCGCUGAGAUGAAGAAAUGGGGAGGCUGUUUCUUUAAAAUGAGCAACGUUUUAGAUCGUUACAUAGAUCUAGGACUCGGCUGGCCGCCGCCGCGCAGGAUGGCCGCGUAGCGUUUUCCUGCAGGAUGAAAGCGAGCCGCAGAGGCCGGCGCGGGUGGCUGGGGACCCUGCUCGCCGUCUGCCUGGCCGCCCUCCCCGGCAGCAGCGCCUGUCCCCGGCUCUGCGCCUGCUACGGCCCCACCGAGGUGCACUGCACGUUCCGGUACUUCACGGCCGUCCCACCGCACAUCCCGCCCAACGUGGAGCGCAUCAACCUGGGUUACAACAGCUUGCUUAAACUGACGGAAACAGAUUUUUCUGGCCUGGAGAAACUGGAGUUACUGAUGCUGCACAGCAAUGAGAUAAAUACAAUCCCUGAUAAGGUGUUCAGUGAUUUAGAUUCAUUACAGGUCUUAAAAAUGAGUUAUAACAAGGUCAGAGUACUUCAGCAGGAUGUUUUUUAUGGUCUAAAGAGCUUGGUGCGGUUGCAUAUGGACCACAAUAAAAUUGAAUUUGUAAAUCCCAACAUUUUCUAUGGACUCACAUCGCUGAGGUUGGUCCACUUGGAAGGAAAUUUACUUAAGCAGCUUCAUCCAGAUACUUUCGUCACCUUGCGCUAUAGCCAAAUAUUUAAAAUAUCCUUCAUGAAGCACAUAUAUUUGUCUGACAAUCUGUUGACUUCACUACCACAAGAAAUGUUUUCCUACAUGCCUGAGCUAGAGAGCAUUUACCUUCACGGAAACCCGUGGUCCUGUGAUUGCAAUCUACAGUGGUUUGCAGAGUGGGCACAAGGGAGACCAGACGUUACGAAGUGCAAAAAAGACAGAAGUUCCGGUGCUCAGCAAUGCCCAGUUUGUGCUAGUCCCAAAAAUCAUAAAGGGAGGAGCAUAGUGGAUAUUCCUUCUGCAUCUUUAACCUGCACUAAGCCAGCUAUACAUGACUCCCUGAAAGUUAAAAACCUCACGGUGCCAGAUGAUGGGGAUUUCAGCUCUGUAUCUCCCAAGGACUUCAUAGCUCCUAUAGGAUCCGUGGUCUUGAACAUGACUGACCAAGCAGGAAGUCGAGGUAACUUGGUUUGCAACAUCCAAAAACCUAAAGAAGUGUCUCCCAUCUCAUUUGACAAAGACGGCAACAAUACAGUACUCAGAACAUCAUUCUCAGCAUUUCUUGUGUGUGGCAUUGAUUAUGAACAUAUUCAGCAGCUAUGGAGCAUACUAGCACUGUACAGUAAUUCUCCCUUGAAGCUGGAAAGGAGUGUCCUAGAAACCAAUACGCCUUUUAUUAGUUACAAAUAUAAGCAAAUCUACUCUGAAAAAGAUGAAAUUUUUACCAAUAUAGAGACCGACCUGAGAGCUGAACCGUCCUGGUUAAUGCAAAGCCGAGUGGCAUUACAGCUAGACAGGACUGCAACCACACUGAACACACUGCACAUCCGAUACUUUACGGAUGCCCAAAUUAUUUUGCCCAGUGCUGACAAAAACCAGGUGAGAAAUAACUGGACCAUCAUCUCCAGAGACAACAAAACACGAACAGAGCACACUGUUCUAGUCGGGGGGACUGUAGAAUUGGAGUGCCAAGCAAUUGGAGAACCAGCUCCUGUGAUAGAGUGGAUCUUGGCUGAUGGGAGCAAAGUCAGAGCUCCCUAUAUCAGUGAGGAUGGAAGAAUCGUAGUACUCAAAACUGGAGCAUUCACGUUACGGACAGCUGAUACUUUUGACACUGGGCUGUAUCACUGCAUAGGCACAAAUUACAACGAUGCAGAUGCUCUCACAUUUAGAAUUACUGUGGUCGAUCCGCACGUGGAACACAACAGCGUAAAUGGAGCCCAACUUUCCACGUUUGUUGGCAGCACGCUCUACCUUCCCUGUACAUCCGCUGCUGUUCCAGACGCUGCCGUUAGCUGGGUGUUACCUGACCAUGAGAUUCUUCAUCAUUCUGUAAGAAACAAACAUAUUUUUGACAACGGUACCUUGAGAAUACAAGGGGUAACAGAGCGAGACAGUGGCUACUUUAGAUGUGUUGCAGCCAACCAGUAUGGUGUUGAUCUUUUGGUUUUCCGGGUGUUGGUCACAAAGGACCAAACCACUCUAAAAAAGAAGGAUGUAGCUGGGGGAGGAUGGGACGAGGGCGAUGGCUCUGGCAAUGCAGUGCUGGGCUCUGCUGCAGCACAGCAAUAUCCUUCGGCUACUCCAGCUACCCUGACAGCUAACCGGGAAUCUGCUGCCUCAGCAUCCAGAAACCGGGGCGCACAGACUGCACAUAAAAGGACCAGCUACGGGAAGGUGACUUACAGGCACUACAGGGACAAAACAAGCAGGCGGUUUAGAGGACACAGGAGACAGUUUGUUUCCUCAGCCAGGAGAGUCGAUCCACAGCACUGGGCAGCCUUUUUGGAAAAAACAAAGAGGAACUCGAAAGAAAAGCAAGAAGUUGUAACGAAAGCACCUAUUCAAAUCCACAAACUGUCAGAAGUACCUGUGGAUGAGGAGGAAACAUCUGGUGAUCUCUCAUCUCCAGAAGAAGAAUUCAUGAUACCGGUAACAGAGACCGCCACUCCGGGGAAGGGGAAGGAAAGCGUGGUAACUGCAGGGCCCGAGAGGGCCACAAGUAACACUCCUGCGAGGAAAACCUCUCUCCUGGUUGCAGAGGCAGUAACUCCCCUACCCUCUCCUUCACAGUCUGUGCCAUCUGACAGCAGAACGCCACAAACAUACCUAAAACCUACAAUUACAAACUCACGGGAAAAAUCUGAUUCAAGUCAAGUAUCAGCAAAUGGUAUAAAACAAUCAACUGUAUCAGAUGGAGCGAGUAGAACAUCUACGCUCUUCCCUGAUGGGCUAAGGUUGGUAUAUUCUGGGGACAGUAAUAACCAUCAUUUAAAAUCUGUAUCUACAACAGCCAUGACAGACGUUACGGACACCAGCAAAUCUGUAACUUCCCAAAACGCAGUGGACAAGCUGCACGUUUUUACCGAGUCUGUUGAUAGGAUUUCCACCAAAAUGGAUCACCGGGUAUCUGUAGCGACAGUUAGUGAACCAAGUCCUCAAUCUGGUCACAUUGAUUCUCAUAACAUUCAGAAACAAGUAACUCCUAAGCCACCGUUGGCCUCAGCUAUCAUUACUCAUCAGCAAACUCAGAUUAAUCAGGAUGUUACAACUCACACACCCCAGGCCCGGCAGCAAUAUGGAAGACGAAGGAAAAUUUCUGGUAGGAGACGAAUUGUUAGACCAGGACGUAUUCCAAGCGUGAAAGAGCACAGAUACAAUUUUGGGAGGCCAGGAUCUGUCAGAGGAAGUACGGCUAUGGCUGCAGACGUUCAACUGAAUACGAAAGAUGUAUCAAAUUUACCAACUUUAAACAGUUUAAGCAGCUCCAUCAACCCGUUUAGCCCCGAAGCACCUCUGUCCUCCCCCUCUAACAUGAAUAUGCCAUUGGAGCACCCAGCAGGUACUCAUCAAAACACAGCAUUCCUCGGGGAAGAGGAAGAUGAACCUAGGGCCAGGCAAAAAGCUACUACGACAGUCAUGCCUUUCAUUACAAAGGGCACCCAAGGUACUCCUCAAUGGAAAGUAGAGAGCAGUGCUCCAUUUCAGACAGAUACUGGUAGAAUCCAACCUUUUAGCGUCAGACUACCAACACCAGCGACCCACACAGCUCCUACUGCUACAGAAGUUCCACAUACCGUAAGCACUGAGCUGUCUUCUACCCCUGAAUCAGUCUCACCCAGCAUUAAGCCUAGAACCUCACCAAAAAAUUCUCCAAAAGGGGAAAUUACUUGGGAACGUCUCUUUGGAAAUGGUGCACAGAAAGAGGUUCUGAAGAAGCUAGCAAAACAACAGACAGGUGCGUUUCCAGCAACAGAGGUAUCGACCGUGCUUCCUAAAACUACGGCAGCAUUGUCUACGUCCAGACUGUCCCCUUUGCACUUCAUGCCUCUUUCAGCAGGUGGGAAUCACAGCAGUGGUUUCUUGUCUUUAGACAAACUCGCUCAUUAUGGCAACGGGAACUCAGAAGAACAUCUUCCCACUGCAAAGCUCCGUUCAUCCUCUAAUCCUGCAGCUAGUCCAACCGAAGAAAUGGAUGCAACAGGUUUGAAGCCAACAGUUACACCUAUUAUCACUCCUGAAAGCGACACCAAAGUCACCAAAAGUAAAAUAUUCAGAGUGGGAGGAAAGGGAAGUCAGAGGAGGCAGAGCCCCCUUAAAACGCCUCCUUCAGAAAGCGUGACUGCCGGCCACGGCACAGCAGCGAUUCCGUCGGGGAACGCAGCCACGCCGGUCGUGCCAACAGUUAAAUCACUAACAGCGCCUGCAAGUCUUGCACCCGCAGCACCUCCCUCGGAGAGAGCACGAGCGGCCUCGGCCUCGGCGGCAGCAGUGCCGGCGCUGUGGGUCCGGGCCCCCCCCGAGGCCCCGGGGCACGCGCCUGCAGCAGCCACGCAGGCACCCAGGGCCCCGGGCCAGCCGGCCCCGCUGCCGCCCCACGGCCGCCUCGCCCCCCGCCCCACCGCGCCGCCCCACGCCGCCCCACCCGCCACGGCCCGCCCGGUGCUGGGGGUGCAGCCGGCCCAGCGGACCACAGCCACCGCGACGGCGGGUGGAAAACCGCGCCCGAGGAUGGAGAAGCGAGUUCUCCAAGGAAGCCACGCGGCACAGCCCAGGUCGCCAGCAAGAACCGAGCCGAGCGCCCCUGCCGCAGCCCCCGCCGUCGCCGCUCGGCCUCCCACCCCGCCGCCGGCCCUCCCAGCAGCUGUGCCACGUACGGCGAGAACCAGCGCGCCGCCGGCACGGGAAACCCAGUUCUGGCAGAAGGCUUCCGUCCGAGCCACCGAGAGGGGCAACACCGAGACUGCCGGCACACGGGCCAUACCGAAGUCGUCCCGGAUCGCGACGCCGUAUGCUCCUCUGGGCCGAAGGGACAAGGGCAGCUCUGUCAAAGGCUGGCCUGAAAAGAGUCAAGAUCAAGGAACUACCACCACCAGUCCUGUAGCCUCGGACUCCUUAAGCAGAACUCAUUUUGCAAAGCCCAGAAUAAUUGGAGGGAAAUUAGCUGCUUUUACUGUGCUAGCUAAUUCAGAUGCUUUUAUUCCUUGUGAAGCUACUGGUAACCCCCGUCCAACAAUACAGUGGACCAAGAUAUCGUCAGGGACGGAUGCUCCGGAGGGCCGAGGUGGUGGUGGAUGGGUGGUGUUUGCCAACGGCACGCUCUCCAUCGCCCGGGCGGGCCUGGGCGACCGCGGGCAGUACCUGUGCACCGCGGCCAACCCGCACGGGGCCGCCCGGCUCCUGGUCACCUUGUCGGUGGUGGCCUACCCGCCCCGCGUCACCGGUGGAAGGUGGCAGCUCCUCACCGCCCACUCCGGAAAGCCCGCGGCACUGAAGUGCAAAGCUGAGGGCAGGCCUCCUCCCACCAUCUCCUGGGUGCUGGCAAAUCAAACGCACAUCUCUGGCUCCUCCGCAGGAAAUAACAAAGUUCGUGUGGAGCCUGACGGCACUUUAAUUAUCAGGGAUGUCACCGUUUACGACAGGGGCCUCUACACAUGCAGGGCUAAAAACCCAGCGGGCACCGACACGCUGGUUGUAAAACUCCAGGUCAUUGCGGCACCUCCCGCUAUCCUGGAAGAGAAGAGACAACGUGUGGAAGGAAUGAUGGGGGAAGAUCUGAAACUCCCUUGCACCGUGCAAGGGAAUCCUCAGCCCGCUGUCCACUGGGUCCUCUUUGAUGGCACGGUGGUGAAGCCUCUGCAGUUCGUAAACGGAAAGCUGUUCCUGUUCUCCAACGGCACCCUCCACCUCCGCAGCAUCGCCCCUUCUGACAGCGGGAAUUACGAGUGCAUAGCCACGAGCUCGACUGGCUCGGAAAGGAGGGUGGUGAGCCUCGUGGUGGAACGCCGAGACACGCUUCCAAAAAUAGCUACCGCCUCUCAGGAAGUGACUCGGUUGAAUUUGGGGGAUAAGUUGCUUCUGAACUGCACGGCGACUGGGGAGCCAAAGCCCAGCAUCAUCUGGCGGUUACCCUCCAAGGCAGUGGUUGACCAGUGGCACAGAAUGGGAAGUCGAAUCCACGUCUACCCCAAUGGAUCCUUGGUUAUUGAGGCAGUCACCGAAAAGGAUGCAGGUGACUAUUUGUGUGUUGCGAGAAACAAAAUCGGAGACGAUCUGAUACUGCUGAAAGUCAGCAUCCCAAUGAAACCAGCCAAGAUUGACCGGAAACAGUAUUUCAAGAAACUGGUGCCAUACGGAAAAGAUUUCCGAGUGGACUGCAAGGCCUCUGGGUCACCCGCUCCGGAAAUCUCCUGGAGCUUGCCGGACGGAACGGUGAUCAAUAACGCGAUGCUGGCGGAUGACAGCGGACACAGGUCUCGCAGGUACGUCCUCUUUGACAACGGGACUCUGUAUCUCAACAGAGUUGGCGUAACGGAAGGAGGAGAUUAUACCUGCCACGCUCAAAACACACUGGGAAGAGACGAAAUGAAGAUACGCAUCACGGUGAUCAUGGCAGCCCCCCAGAUAAAGCACAAUUACAAGACAUACAUUAAGGUGAAAGCUGGAGAUACGGCGUUACUGGACUGUGAAGCUGCCGGAGAACCCAAGCCAAAAAUAUUCUGGUUGCUACCUUCCAGUGACAUGAUCUCCUCGUCAACAGCCAGACACUUCCUGCACGUCAACGGUUCUCUCUCAGUCAGUCAAGUCAAGCUGAUAGAUGCCGGGGAGUAUAUGUGUGUUGCUCGUAAUCCUGGGGGGGAUGAUACAAAAUUGUAUAAACUGGAUGUUGUUGCUAAACCACCCACCAUAAAUGGCUUACACGUGAACAAAACGAUCAUGACGGUGACGGCAGUGAGGCAUUCAAAGAAACAAAUUGACUGCAGGGCAGAGGGGACACCCCCCCCUCAGAUUAUGUGGAUCAUGCCUGAUAAUAUUUUCCUAACAGCUCCGUAUUAUGGGAGCAGGAUUAUAGUAUACAAAAACGGGACGCUGGAGAUUCGGAACAUAAGGCCUUCCGACACAGCAGAAUUUAUCUGUGUGGCUCGCAACGAUGGCGGGGAGAGCGUGCUGGUGGUGCAGCUGGAGGUACUAGAAAUGCUACGGCGACCGAUGUUUAAAAAUCCGUUCAAUGAAAAAAUAAUAGCGAUACCUGGGAGAAGUACCACGCUGAAUUGCUCUGUGGAUGGAAACCCUCCACCGGCCAUCAGCUGGAUGCUGCCUAAUGGCACGUGGUUCUCCAGCGGCAUCGAGACUUCCCAGUUUCUCACGGGAAGCGACGGUACCCUUACCAUCUCCAGCCCCGAUGCAGACAAAGCAGGGAAGUAUCGCUGUGCUGCCAAGAAUAAAGUUGGCUAUAUCGAAAAGCUGAUCGUCUUGGAGGUCGGCCGGAAGCCCAGUAUCCUCACUCGCCCGGUGGGGCCGGUGAGGGGCGUUAGCGGGGAGUCGCUGUCGCUCCACUGCCUGGCUGAUGGGAGCCCCAGACCAAACACCGCGUGGACUCUGCCGGGUGGCUCCGUGCUGGAUCGGCCGCAGAUCAACUGGAAAUACGUCCUGCUGGAGAACGGCACGUUGGUUAUACGGGACGCCACCGUCCGCGACAGAGGGAAUUACGUGUGUAAGGCCCACAACAGCGCCGGAGAUUCCUCCGUGACCGUUCCUGUGGUUAUCGUAGCCUAUCCCCCCCGGAUUACCAACAGGCCGCCGCAAGCCAUACACACGAUGCCCGGUGCAGCGGUGCAGCUCCACUGCACAGCCCUGGGCGUACCAAAACCAGAAAUUACCUGGGAGCUACCCGACCGCUCCGUGCUCUCUACAGAUCACCGCGGCCGAGCGUCGGGGAGCGAACCGCUUCACCCCUCGGGGACCUUACUCAUCCAGAACCCCCAGCCCUCCGAUUCUGGCGCGUACAAGUGCACGGCCAAGAACCAUCUGGGCAGCGACUUCACAGUGACGUACAUUCACGUCGUCUGAAGCAAGAAAUACAGCACGAAUGACUGUUAACAAAGUCCACAGCUGGCCUGAGUUCGUUCUUGGAGCAAGGUCAAUCAGAGGCAGCCACAGGCACGAAGGUGCCUGAAUACAUUUACAGUAAAUCAGUCUGCAGUGACCACGCAGCGAGGGAAGGGUAGACCCAGCGUUCUUACCCAGCGUUGGGCUUCUUCUGCGAUUAAACAGAUUCAGAUUAAAACAAACUUAAGGCACUUUUGCUCCACCAGCAAACAUUGAAAAUCAAAUAAAAUUACCUUUGGGGAAUGUACCUAGAAAUCUUCAGUAAAGGAUAGACCUUUUCGUAUUAAAUAUUGCCCACCGUCUAUGACUAACAUGAGGAUGGAUCACAUAAAGCAUCUGAGAACCAAAGAGCAGAUUUUAUUGUGAUGCAAAUUACUUUCUUAAUGUUUGAAUAUUUAGUAUGUUUUUUUUUUUAAUAAAUAUUCAGUGGUGAAACACGUAGUGACGUAUUUUUAAUAAUAUGACUCUUUCACACAGUCUUUUUUGCAGAACUUUGGGAUGAUACAUGCAGAACAGCUUUGUUCUCAUAAUGAAAUGAGAGAGCUCUGUUUAGAAAAAGCGCAGACUGCGUGUAGAAACACUCUAGCUUGGAAUAAUUUUCCUAUUGCCACAAAAGCAUUUUUUAAAGAUUUCUCACUAGAAACCAAUUGCACCAAUUUGCAUAUUAAUUUAGAGUUCUGAUUUCUCAAUUCAGUAGCUAGGUCUAAGAAGCAACCUUCUGCACACGAGGGAGAAAUGCCUUCACGAUGGUAGGAAAUGGUUACCGACACAUUGUACACUAACAAAUCACGGAUUGGACUGGACAAAUAAAUCUUUAAAGGAUUAAGCCAGUAA